AUGCAUGCUUUAAAAAAUGGAGAUAUCACAUCUGUUGCUUCCGCUGCUCGCAUUUAUAAAGUCCCGCGUUUAAUAUUACGCGACCGCCUUAAUAGCCAUACUCAACGAGGAAUUAUACGUAUUCUCUCUAUAGAUACUCGAGGAUUAGCUCCCCGGCCCUCUAUAGUACGAGAAAUAGCGAAUCUUCUUCUUAAAAAGCGCGGAACUACCCCGGUUCUUUCUAUCGGUGAAAAAUAG